AUGCCGGAGUCUCAGCCCAGCAGUCAGAUGAGUGUCCUGAUCAACCGUCUGGAUACUCAUCUGAAGAGCGGAAGGCACAAGAAAGCUUUGAAAACCGCCGAGGAAGUGCUUAAUGUGGACCCCAGCGAUGAGGACGUGCGCCGCUGCAAGGUGGUCCUCCUGCUGGAGCUGAAUCGAUUUGCCGACGCGCUGGCUGCAAUCAGCGCGCAUGGGCUGGACAAGGAGCUAGCCUUUGAGCGCGCCUACUGCCAGUACAGGGAGGGGAAGCUUGAGGACGCCCUCGUCACGCUCCAGAUGGUGUCUAAGGACCGCCAGGAGGCCAAGCUCCAGCUAGAGGCCCAGCUGCGGUACCGCCUGGGGCAGUACCCCGAGGCGAUCGCCAUCUACCGCCAGCUGUUCCAGCAGUACAAGGCAGAGACCAUGGAGGUGCAGACCAAUGUGCUGGCCGCCUAUGUGGCGGGCGGCCAGGCCGCGGAGGUCCCUGCCGUGCUCGAGGCUAUGAAGGCGUCCCCCAAGGACAGCUUCGAGGUGGCCUUCAAUUCGGCCUGUGCGCUGCUGGAAACCGGGGAGCUGGAGGCCGCGCAGGAGCGCCUGCUGCUGGCGCAGCGUGUCGGGGAAGAAACCCUGAUCGAGGAAGGGCUGGAGGAGGAGGAGCUGGCCAAGGAGCUGGUCCCCAUCACCGCCCAGCUGGCCUACGUGGCGCAUCGGUGA